AGCUUUAGUCGGGCUGGACUGACUUUGCAGGUCCGUUUGAGAUUUUCCUUUUGACAACUCGUGUCCAUUUUUUUGAGGGUUUAAAGGAGCACACGCACAAUGCGAGAUGCUGCAAGUGCUGCAGAGGAAGACGACCAGCACGGCGAAGCUGUUUGUAAAGACAAGCGACUUAAAACAUUUACCUGGUUCUCAAGUGAGUUCCAGAACGUUUCACAACGAAUCGGGAACCACAACUUACGACAAUGUAUACUUUACGUUCGUCAGGGAGAAGAUGCAAAGGCUAGUGAUUCACCCGAUCAAGCACUACGGUUGGGAUCACAAGGGCCAGACUGUAGAUAUUCUCCCGGCAAAGAAGAACCAGCGACUGAAAGAAGUGGUGGAUAAACUGCCUACCCGAGUGGAAGGACCUUACUACGCGCACUAUCUCAGGUACGCUGGCCACUUGAAAAAUCUCACCGAAGCAAAGCGUCUCCACCAACACAUCCGCAAAAGUGGCCGUGCUCGAGAAGAAUCACUUGGUCACCUCAUUGUGAAGAUGUACCUCGACUGUGGAAGCUUAGAGGAGGCAAAAGAAGUUUUCUACAGGAUGCCAAGGCUGGAGCCAGUGAUCUGGAGGGAAAUGAUCGAGGGCUGUGCUCAGUAUGGUGAUAUACCGGGGGUGAUGAAAGUUCACAGGACUGUCCAGCAGGAGGGAAUUGUCAGGGAGAAGCGGGUUUUGCUGGCACUCAUCUACGUCUGUGCGAAGCUAGCGGAUUUAGAGCUUGCCAAACAGGUUCACUGGGAUGUGGUGUCCUGGGGACUAGGCUCCGACCUGUUGGUAUCAAAUGCUCUCAUCAGCGUGUAUGGAAGGUGUGGGAGGCUACACAUCGCUCAGCUGAUAUUCGACACUAUCGAAUCACCCAGCGUUGCCUCGUUGAAUGCUCUGAUGGGAGCUUAUGCUCGUCACGGCUUCUAUGACGACGUUUUCGACAAGUUUUACCAGUUCAACGUGGAAGGAUACUCGGGGAACCAAGGGACGUUCUCCGCUCUUCUCAGUGCCUGUGCUGGUCCGGCCUAUCUCAAGGAAGGAAGACUUAUCCACGACUGCUGCCAACAACUGGGAAUCCAGACUAACACAGUGACCGGGGCCUCGAUCAUCAGGAUGUAUUCGAGCUGUGGACGACUCCAGGAUGCACAGGCGGCUUUCGACGAGAUUAUCAACAGAGACGUGGCCGGGUGGACGAACCUGAUCGAGGCAUACGUUUGCCGGGGCCUCUCGCGCCAGGCUUUCACGACUCACGACGUAAUGCAAAUCAGUCGAGUUCGUUCCAACAGGAUGACGUACAUCGCGCUCUUGAACGCUUGUCACUCCCCCCAGUGGCUCGAGAAAGGCAGGCUGGUACACUCUCAAAUUCUUCGGGACGGCUGGGAAGCUGAUAUCAAGACUGCCGCUGCUCUCGUCAAGAUGUACUGCGUUUGUGGGAGCUUGCGAGACGCAAGGAGGGUGUUUCGGAAGUUAAACCGGGGGAACGCUUUGGUGUGGAAUGCGGUGAUUCAGGGGCACGUCCACGCGCUGUGCAGCAGAGAGGCUCUGAUCUUUGUGUGGACGAUGCACCUGGAAGGUGUUCGAGGCGAUCGUGGGAGCUACUCGGGUUUCUUCAGAGCCUGCAAGGAGCUGGGAGCGCUAGAAGCUGGGAAAAGAAUUCACGCGGCGAUCCAAGGCAGCGAGCUGGAGCUGGAAGUUCUUGUGGGGAGCUCCCUCUUGGAACUUUACAGCAGCUAUGGCAGUGUGGAGGACACGGUGACAACAUUUAACAGGAUGAACCGAGCAAGGGCGGCAUCUUGGAACUCCGUCAUCUCUGCGUUCGCUGGGACUACUGGCGAAUCGUCUCGGGCGAUCGAGUUCUUUCAACGGAUGCAGCUAGAAGGAGGCCCUCCGGAUUCUGCAACUUUCACCGCGGCUCUUGGCGGGGUGACGACAGUGGCGCAGGGAAAGUUUAUUCACCGGUGGAUCCUCGAGAGCGGAUAUAACAGCAGCCUGGAAGUCGGGAACUCACUCCUGCGAAUGUUUGCCAAGCUCAAGCUCUUGAAACUCGCCAGCAAGACCUUCGAGGCAAUGCCAAGUGUGGACGAUUGCUCGUGGACGCUGAUCAUGGAGACGUUCUCCCAGAGUGGCUACAACCUGGAGGCUCUCGAUCUCUUCCGCGACAUGCUCCAGGAGGGUGGAAAUCCUGGUAGAAGCUGCCUCGCCAUCGCCAUGACAGCAGUGGCGGAGCUCGAGUCAGUUCCGGACUGCGAGAGAAUCCAGGGACUCGCUGGAGAGCUCGGACUUUGCUCGGACUCUACCGUUGGAGCAGCUCUUACCGCCAUGGUCGCUCGGUGCAUCGGCCUGGAAGAAGCUCAGGGUAUCUUCGAUGGCAUCCAUCGCAAGGACGUUGGCUGCUGGAAUUCACUGCUGAGAGCUUACUCCCACCUUGGACACCACGAGGAAGCGGUGGAAAUCUUUCGAGAGAUGGAGCUGGAAAUGGACAAAGUCACGGUUUCCAUCGUUGCGGCGGCAGUGAGCGCUCUUGGCGAGCUCGAGCUGGGAAGAGAGCUCCAUCUUCGCGCUCUCCAAUCCAAGCUUGGAGCCGAGAAGACGGUCGUGGCUUCUCUUCGAGGCAUGUAUAUCAAGCUAGGAGAUUUGGAGAGCGCCAAUUCUCUAUAGCAUAUCCUCUUUUUGAAUAUAGAUGCUGGAAUUUAGCCAAAA